AUAUAUAGCUCUCUGUUUCUGAAAUCUAGGAAAAAAACUUUUAUCUAAGGGCAGAUCAGGUGCUGUAUUUCAAUACUAAUCUUUUGACCAGGAAUGAAACUAUUUAAAAAUUAAGAUGCCAACAGAUUAUGAAGAGCCAUGUGGUUCCACUCAUGGGUCAUUCUGCCUGAAUGGGGGGAUUUGCUAUGUGAUACUUACUAUUCCCAGCCCAUUUUGUAGAUGCAUUGACAACUAUACAGGAGCACUGUGUGAAGAGGUCUUCCUCCCGAGCACUAGCGUCCAGACUAAAAGUGACCUGCUGCAAUUUUUUGUGGUCCCAACCUUACUUGUAGGGACACUCAUUAUCGGAGCCCUCUACUUCCUCUGCAGAAAAGGCCCCUUUCAGUGGACCAGUUCCAUCCAUUAUGAUAUGAACCUGACAGAGAUGAGCAGCAUUGGUGCCCACCAUGGUCAUGGAGAACGCUGA